CCUUUAAUCAAAACUUUUUUAUAUAAACACAAUUAUGGUAGUAUCUCUUGUUCAUUCACUUGCUGUUCCUUCUAGUUACAGAGAUCAACAAUAUCAGGGGAACUCGAGUCAAUUAAAUGAUGAACUAGCUUCAACAACGACUCUGUAUGUUGGCAAUUUAUCCUUUUAUACCACAGAAGAACAAUUAUAUGAACUUUUUUCAAAGGCAGGGGAAAUCAAACGAAUUAUUAUGGGACUUGAUCGAAAUCAAAAAACACCUUGUGGAUUUUGUUUUGUUGAAUAUUAUCAUCGAGCGGAUGCUUUGGAUUGUAUGAAAUAUGUGAAUGGUACUCGACUAGAUGAACGAGUGAUUCGAUGUGAUUUGGAUCCUGGAUUUAAAGAAGGACGUCAAUAUGGACGAGGCAAAAAUGGUGGUCAAGUACGUGAUGAAUAUCGUGAAGAAUAUGAUGCUGGUCGAGGAGGUUGGGGUCAUCGUACUAGAAUGGAAAUGGAACGUCAACGAGCUAGAGAACAACAACAAAAUUAUGAAGCCAUUCAAGAAGUCCCUGCUGGUGCUGGAGAAUAUAAAAGUAGUGCUUCUGCUACUGCCAAUCGAAAACGUGAACGAACGGAUGAUUCUCCUGAAGAUCGAAAACGACAAAAGGAACAACAAAAUCCACGAUUUAGAGAAAAUGAUGAUGAAGACGAUGAUGAAUAGUUUGGAAAAUAAUAUAUAUAUAUUUUUUUUGUAAAUAAAUAUAAUCUAUA